ACAGACAUGCUUUCGAGCAGUGCGUGUAGUGCCAGGCGAUAUUCAGUCAGUCGAGAGCGGACGGCAACCGCCACAACAACUUGAUUAAAAGAACUCUCAGCACAGGCAAUUUUGGCACAACACCCAACAACAACAACGACAGGAACACCAACACCAACUACAAAAACAGAAACAACAACGACGACAUUAGAAAAAAUAUUAAAAAGGCACAAAGAAUCAGGAAAGCAGCUAUGUCAGCUACGAGCUACAACAACAGCAACAACAACAACGAAAGCAAUUGUUGCAAUUAAAGCCGCAGCUUUUUUUUCCGUUACUUUUUGCAGCAAACAAACAGCUGUGUGAGUCAGUCAAAGCACUUGUUCGUGUGCGUGUGCGUGCGUGAGUGUGUGUGUUGCAGCCGAUAUGCUGCUAACGGCACAAAGUACUCUUAAUUCAGAGCAUUAUUAGCAAUUAUAGCACACACAUCACACCAAUCACGCCCCCACUUCCCCUCCACCCCCUCAUUCAACCCCGCCCCAGUCCACUACACAUACACAUACACAUACACACAGACACACACUGACACUAUUCCUAGUGAUGUCCUGAUGUGUGCGCGCGAUUACAUAAAAAAAAUAAAGCAAAGGAAGAGCGAAAAAGGGAAACAACUACAACUAAAUUAGUCACUCAUCAUUUAUUGAUUGUGCGAAGAACGAACAACGAGCAACGAACAACGAACAAGAACAACAAUAACUAAUACUUGCAACCAGUUAAACAAACGUCGCCUAGUCGCCGAUUGCUUUCUAGGCAUACAAAAAAAAUCAAUAGACAACAGGAGUAGCAGCAGCAGCAGAGACAAGACAAAACAACGGCAAUAACAACAGCAACAACAACAACAACAAGAAGAACAGCGAUUAAUAGACGACACACAGAAAAGUAAAAGAAAGGAAGCGAAGCGAAGACGACGGCGCAGCUGACUGAGCAGCAUAAUCGGAAUAGGAACAGCAAAGAUGAUUUCACUGCCGCUUCUGUUACUGUUCAUCUCGCUGCCGGCGCUGGCGCUGACUGAGAAUGUGACGCUGACGUCAACGGCCGUUGGUGAGGCGGGCGGCGCUGGCUUAAGCACAGCUGCGCCUCCACAAUUGCCGCUGGCCAAGGAUUAUGAAAAUACCAACAACAGCAACAACAACAACGAUGCCAUUUAUGAGCAAACCAACAACAACAACAGCAACAACAGCAAUAGUAAUGCAGCACUGGCCGCAUCAACAACGACAACAACAGCAACGGCAACAACAUCAACAACGACAACCAGCAGCAGCAGCAGCAGCGCAGCAGCAACUUUGGCGUCCAUUGAGCAGCAGCCGGAAACCACAGCGAAUGUUGGCGUUGCCGUUGCAGCGUUGCCGCCCACAGGCAACACGACCACCUCCAGCAGCAGCAGCAGCAGCAGCAGCAGUGCUGCAGCAGAGGGUGCACCAGCAACCGCAUCGCCGUCUCCACCGCCGCACGAGAUAAUUGGCUCGGCGACACCGACGAAGAACGAACAGGAUUCGAUAUUGCGGGCACUGGACUGGCUGAAGGAGAAGCGCGCCUUGGACUAUGGCUGGGGCAACGACACCCAUGUCGUCAUCCUGGCCAAGGAGUUGUCAGGCGGGCGGGAUCCCAAUGAGAGCGCCGAUGCGCAUAUGCUGGUCAUUCAGGAGCUGGAGGAUACGCUCUCCGUCAAGGAGAUGGAGAUUGAAAUACUGGCGAUGCUCGAUCGCCAUCAUACGCUGCCCCGUCCCCUCAAUCUGGACAAGCUGGCGCGCUAUGUGCUUGCGCUGGGUUCGCUGUGCAAGGAUCCAAAGCAUUUCCAUGGACACGAUCUGGUUGCGACGCUGCAACAUCAUGAGCCCGCCCAGGACAUUGAGUUCGCUUUGACCACGCUGUCCGCGUGCAGCUCGGCAGCGCAUGUGCGCAAGCGCCAGAUCCGGCGACUCCUCGACAUCGCCAGCGGUGUGACGGAUCAGAGUGUGGAUGCCAUUGCCAUGGUCAUAUUGGCGCUGCGCUGCAUCGUCACCGACCAUCGCCAUCGGCAUCUGCAGCACUUUGUGCGACGACCGGCCCGCGGCCUGGCCAGCCUCCAGGAUCAGCGUGGCAGCUUUGGUUCGUUGCGCAGCACGGCGCUUGCCAUGCAGGCGUUGCAGGAUCUCGAAUAUGAUCCGGCUGGCCAUUGGAAUCGCACAGCCGCAUCACGUUAUAUAUUGAGUCGGCAGCGUGCCGAUGGCGGCUGGAGCGAGGAGCCAUUGCAGGAUGGCCAGGAGCCGGAUAUUGGUGUCGGUCUCACAGCCGACAUCAUUCUGGCCCUAGGCUGGAAGGGUCUGGGCGCUGUCCGUGCCCUUCAGUGUGAUCAUGUCAUCCGCGAGAGCAGCGAUCCCACAGAGAAUGGUGAACCAAAGCUGGCAUUGCCGUUCGGGCUUAGCUCCUCGGCUGAGGAGUCGGAUUCGAAGAACAUCUCAUACACGUAUACCUUGUGGGUGGGCUCCAAUGUGACCGAAGCCUUCUCCCUCUCUCUGAUAUCCCCCAAGAACACGAGCUUCUUCAAGGCAAUGACUCAGGCCGCCGAUAUGGAUCCAAGAUUCAUUUUCGAGGCGCGCGAGUGGCCCAACGGACACUACGUCCACACCCUCUAUGGCAAGAAGGAAGAGCCGCGGGGAUACCACUACUGGCUGCUGUACAGAUUGCCCGAGUUACCUGAUCCGAACAAUACGCCUGGGAAUCAGCUUAUUGCGCCUGUUGGUGUGGAUGAGCUAAUGGUCGAGGAUGGUGAACACUAUCUGUAUUGGUAUAAGAAACUUUAAGCACAUGAAGCGAUUUGCCAGCCUUAGUCACUACAACUAAAGUUAACCCACAAAGCAAAAGCAAAAGCCACUAGGCGAGGAUAUAGCAGCUAACACUAUAAGCAAAAUCAAACAGAAACUACAACUUCAUCAUUCAUUAACGGCAACUGUAAUUGCAACUAAUGCAACUGCAUCCAUAUGUGUAUGUGUAUAUGUAUGUGGCUCUCUAUAUACAUACAUACAUACAAUAAUACACACAUACAUACAUACUAUACAUACAUAUAACUGCAUAAUAAUGGCAUUAUCAAAACUGCAUUAGCCCACACACAAAUUCGCAUAGACAGCGAAAGGCUUACGAAGUCAAGUUAUACAUCCAAGCAUACAUAAUACAUACAUGCCUACAUACAUGCAUACUAUUUACAUACAUGCCUACAUACAUGCAUACUAUUUACAUACAUACAUUCAUACAUACUACCUUUAUACAAAUAUACCUUAACGUUAGCUUACUAAUGUGUUAAGGUUAUACGCAACCAAGGAAAAUGGCAAAAGUAAUUCAAAAGCUACAAAAAACAAAAUUAUAACCUUAUGCACUACUCGAAGGCAGGUUGCUUCAUGUGCCUGUCAAACUUUAUGUUACGCAGUCUAAUAUCCUUUUAAUCAAAAAAAAAAAAAGAAAAAAGAAAAGAGAAAAAAAAAACAAAAAUGUUUGUAAAUUGUGUGCUUAAAAGCUUGCAACUAACUGUUUUUUGCUUUCAAGUAGGCAACUCUGCAAUUAAGUAACAUAACUUCAUGUCAAAUAUUUAACAUCCACAUUUCAAGAAUAUCUAAAACCAAAAGAAAUCAAAUUCAGUUUGACGGCAUGUGAAACACACCUUGAUAACUUUGACAGGCACACGAGAAAAACAGGCCAAAAGAAAUAGCGACGACUUUACACACACACACACACACACACACACAGCAAGAAAACGGCAAGUCGUAGAAAGCUUUUCCCCAUCUUUCUCUCAUUUUCCGUUGUCGAAAAAGAAAGCAAACAAAUGUGAGAUUAGCUCAUUUGUCACUCCGUCCGUUUUGGAGAUUGAGAGCCUAAUGUUUGGAUGCAGAGAAUCCGUUGCUUGCUGUAACACUCAAUCACACACACAGACACACACAGACACACACACACAAACACACAGAAAACGCUUUACAUGCUAUUGAGAGAGGCUAAAGUGAAUAACAUAAAUAAAUGAAAGCGUUCGUCAGUCCAAGCAAAGCAUGUUAUACCAAACACCGUACGUAACAAUAAGUGAUUGAAAAUCAUCCCUAGACAUACCUAAACAUAUACAUAUAUCUCUAUAUAUAUAUAUCUAUAUAU